GAGAGAGAGGUAGAGUCAGUUGAGACUGAGCCAACAGGACGAACAGAUCAGUGAGAAGUUUAUCUACAGGAGAGAGAGGAGGAGAUUAGGAAGAAAAGAUAAAAAGAAGAGGGAAAACAGGGGAGUGGAGAGGGGGAGGAGAGAACGGAGGAGAGGAGAAAACAAGAAGACAAGAAAGACGAAAAUGAGGAGAGGAAAGGAACGAGGAAAAGAGAAGAAAAGAGGAGACUGAGCAGGAACAGGAGGAACGUUUGUCGUCUGUUUAAUCAGCUUAACAAGACAGAGAGAGACAGACCUCAUUGGGACAGUUUCGUAGGACCACCUGAAGGAGUCUCAGGUGAUGGUGACCACCUGAUGGAUGUCUGGUAACCAAGACAACAGCCCCGUAACCAUGACAAGCAUCUGUUUGAAGAGAGUCAGAACCGAACCUGUUGAGAUGAACUUCCUGUCAAUCUGACAGUCAGUCCACCAUGCCCCUCCCCCUCCUCUUCCUCAUCGUCCUCCUGCCGGCAUUGGGCCGGACUCAGACCGGAGAUCAAUUCGGCAUGUGUCGGUCUCUGCGCGGCUCAGAGGCCGGACCAGGCUGGGAGUUCUAUGCCUGUCAGCCUCCACCUGCCAACAUGAAGGAGGUGAUGCAGAUCAGAGUUGACCCCCCCGGGAUUACCUGUGGAAACCCACCUGAGAGGUUCUGCACACUGGAGAACCCAUACCUGUGCAGUGAUGAAUGUGAUGCGUCCAGCCCCGACCUGUCUCACCCUCCUCAGCUGAUGGGAGACAGGGAGAGGGGGGGCCUCAUCACCUAUUGGCAGACGGUCACUUGGUCCAGGUUUCCUGAGCCACUAUUGGCCAACAUCACUCUGUCCUGGAACAAGAGCCUGGAGGUGGUUGAUGACAUCACCGUCACCUUCGAGUAUGGCCGACCAACCAGCAUGGUCCUGGAGAAGUCCAUGGACGAAGGUGUAACAUGGCAGCCGUAUCAGUACUACGCCGAUGACUGUCUGGAGGCCUUCGGCAUGUCGCCUAAACGAGUCUCUGACUUGGCACCGAGUAACUUAACCCGGGUCAUCUGCACUGAGCAGUACUCCCGCUGGGUUGGAGCCAAGGAGGAGAAGGUUGUGGUGUUCGAGGUGCGUGCUCGGUUCGGGGUGUUUGCGGGUCCAAAGCUGAUCAACAUGGACGCUCUGUACACCCGGAUGGAGACCAUGAAGGGUCUGAGAGACUUCUUCACCUUCACCAACCUCCGUCUGAGGCUCCUCCGCCCAGCACUGGGAGGGACCUACGUCCAGAGAGACAACCUGCUGAAGUACUUCUAUGCCAUCUCCAACAUCGACGUACCUGCCAGGUGUAAGUGUAACCUGCAUGCGGCUCAGUGUGUGUUACGAGAUGCGACACUGCAGUGUGAGUGUGACCACAACACAAUGGGUCAGGACUGUCAGCGCUGCAGCCGAGGGUUCAAAUCCCGCAGCUGGAGACCUGGGUCAUACCUGCCCCUUCCCAAAGGCACUGCCAAUACCUGUGAAGCAGCAGAAACAGCAGCCAACUGUGAGUGUAACGGUCACUCCAACCGCUGCAGCUACAUCGACUUCAUCAACGUGGUCACGUGUGUGAGCUGUAAACACAACACGCGAGGACAAAACUGUCAGUACUGUCGCCUUGGUUACUAUAGAAAUGCAUCCCUGUCACUCGACGACGAAAACGUCUGUGUGGAGUGUGGCUGUGAUGCAAACCUCAGUGCUUCUCCUCACUGCUCAGACUCUGGUGUCUGUCAGUGUAAAGACGGAGCGACAGGGAGGCGCUGUGACUCCUGUUUACCUGGAUACACCUGGAGAGAAGGCGGGUCCAGCUGCACAGUGAACAUCUGUGACAAGGAGCGUUUGAUUUGUCAGAACGGAGGAACCUGUGUCGACUUCCAGCGCUGCGUCUGUCCAGACAGCUUCACAGGUUUGUUCUGUGAGCAGAGUGUCUGUCUGAAGAAGGGUGGUUGCCUUGACGAUGCUGCUGGGUCCUCUUCCCAUCUGACCUCACACCUUUACCUGCUGACACUCGGUCUGAUCACCUCCACCUUUUGCUGACCCCGCCCACUGACCUGAGGCCCUGCCCAUUGAUGUCAUCACAGAGGGAUAAAUAUCUAACAAUAUAAAACCCAGAAGAAGCUGUUUACUGUUUACUUACUGUUUCUUUUAUUUUAUACUGAACUGAACCUGUUACCUUUCCAACAGGAUGUGACAUCAUAGUCUCGUGAUGAUGUCAUGAUCAUUGAUCAGGUGUGUGAGACAAACUAUCUUCACAUAUUAACUUUUUUUUUUACUUCUCUUGUGGUCUUCAGACUGGACCUGGUCUGAGGUGGGUUUGUCUUUAACCUUGAAGCUGAUGGAGGAUAAAUCCAUUCCUCGAUCUAAACCUUGCUCUAGGCUUUAAAAGGCUUUUAUUGUGAAAUUCUGUCUUUCCUUGUGUCCUCAGUAGGACUGAACUCCGACUGUUGUUAUUGUUGAAAUUUUUUUUUUUUUUUUUUUCCAGAGUGAAGUUUGUGUGUUUGUUGUUUGAUUUAGAUGUAAAGGUCAAAGGGCAAAGAAUUGAACCCCGAACACCUGGAGGAAAUAAAGAUGUGAACUGAGCCAUGUUCUCUCUCUCUCUCACAUGCACACACACACCUACCUGGCUGCUGCUUCUCGCUGAUUGGCUGCAGGACCAGGUGAAGAAGGAAACAACUCCACCUGCUGAUGGAGAAAAAUCAACAGCUGAUUUUCUGAACCAUCCAUCUUCAAUACCGCUCAUCUUGUGUGGUGUGUGUGGGUGUGUGUGUGGGGGGGGGCAUCCUGUACAGAUCAGCAGUCCAUCACAGGACAAACAACCAUUCACACACACAUUCACACCUACAGGUGAUGGUCUGUGGACUGUGGGAGGAUGGAGGAGAACCCAGAGGGAACCACAAGAACAGGGGGAACAUGUAACUCUACACAGAAAUGCUCUGGGCUUGAAGCUGGAACCUUCCUGCUGUGAGGUGACCACUGUUCCACCGUAUCAUCU